AUGAUAAAUGAGCAAGGAACUAGCAAUAAUGAAGCACCGGUAGCUGCGAAAGCUAAGGAGCUCUUAAAGGGGAAAGGGGUGCAGGCAGAGGAGACCCUUGACAAAGAGGACAGGAAAGAAAUAUCCGAGGAAGAAGCUUGCGAAUUUUUGAAAUUCAUACAGCAAAGCGAGUACAAGGUGGUGGAGCAAUUGAAUCGUAUGCCUGCCCGGAUCUCCCUGUUAGAAUUACUUAUGCAUUCAACCUCUCAUAGAAAGCUGCUGAUGAAGAUACUUAGUGAGGCCCAUGUGGAGCAAGGUAUUUCCCUGAACAAGUUUGAGGGCAUUGUUAGUAACAUCACUGCUAAUAAUUACCUUACCUUCACCGACGAGGAAAUACCUACUGAGGGGAGAGGGCAUAACAAGGCUCUCCAUGUCUCCGUGAAAUGCUUGAACCACGUCAUAGCACGCGUUCUUAUAGACAAUGGCUCUUCCCUGAAUGUCAUGCCGAAAACGACGCUAGAGAAGCUACCUUGUGAUGGGAUGCAUAUAAAGCCAAGCUCCAUGAUUGUAAGGGCGUUUGAUGGUAGUAAGAGGGAAGUAAUGGGGGAAAUAGAACUGCUGGUCCAAGUGGGCCCAUGUGUUUUUCAGAUAACUUUCCAAGUCAUGGAUAUUCUUCCAGCCUAUAGUUGUCUAUUGGGUCGCCCAUGGAUCCAUUCUACGGGGGUUGUGCCUUCCACCCUGCACCAGAAACUGAAAUAUGUCAUGGGAAAUAAGCUGGUAAUAGUAUCCGGAGAGGAGGAUCUCCUUGUGAGUGGGCCAUCUUUUGCCCGCUAUAUUGAGGCCGCCGAGGAAUCUCUCGAGACGGCUUUCCAGUCAUUGGAAAUCGUGGGAAACGCUUAUGUGGAGCCAUUCCCAAUAAACCCGCAUCUGUCAUGCGCCUCUAUCAUGGUGGCCAAAGUCAUGCUAAAGGAAGGCUAUAAGUAUGGGGACGAUUUAGGCAAGUACGGACAAGGGCGAACAUUCCCAUUAGAGGUGGUUGAGAACAAAAGUAGGUAUGGCCUGGGCUACAAGCCCACCAAAGAGGAUAAAAAGAGGCUGAUUGAGGAAAAGAGAGAGCGCAGUCUGGCUCGUGUGGAGAGAUGGGAACCGAGGGCGAGGAAGAUUCACAUUUGUGAUAUCCAGAAGAGUUUUCGCAGCGCCGGAUGGGUGAACAUUAGUCAGAUAGCAGUCGUGGAAGAUGAAGAUAGAUCAGAAAGCUCAAACUUCGUAUAUGACAAUGAAUGUUUUGAAAAUAACAAUGUCGAUAUUCCUAAUUUUGAGCACCAUGUCGAUAAUACGGAAGAUGAUUAUGAAGAUGAUUCGAAACCCUCUCCAGAAUUAAUGAGAUUAGUGGAGCAAGAAUCUAAAGAAAUAAAACCUCACCAGGAAGGUGCUGAGAUACUCAACUUGGGAGAUAACGAUCAGAUAAAAGAGGUGAAAAUCGGUACUACCAUGAAAGAGGAAGUGAGAGAAAGUUUACGUGUCCUAUUAAAGGAGUUCAAGGAUGUUUUCGCUUGGUCGUACAAUGAUAUGCCUGGUUUGGAUACCGAUAUCGUGCAACAUAAACUCCCUCUUAAGUCGGAAUGCCUCCCGGUUAAACAGAAACUAAGAAGGAUGAAACCAAAAAUGUCCUUGAAAAUCAAGGAAGAGGUGCGAAAACAGUUUGAUGCAGGAUUUCUGGUCGUGGCAAGAUACCCACAAUGGGUGGCAAACAUUGUACCAGUGCCCAAGAAAGGUGGUAAAGUUCGAAUGUGCGUUGACUAUCGUGAUUUGAAUCGUGCAAGUCCAAAAGACAAUUUCCCACUACCGUACAUCGACACUCUAGUCGAUAAUACGGCCAAGUAUUCGCUAUUUUCAUUCAUGGACGGUUUUUCGGGAUAUAAUCAGAUCAAGAUGGUCCCUGAGGAUAUGGAAAAGACUACCUUUAUCACGCUAUGGGGAACAUUUUGUUAUAAGGUAAUGCCUUUUGGACUCAAGAAUGUUGGGGCAACAUAUCAAAGGGCGAUGGUGGCACUUUUUCAUGAUAUGAUGCAUAAGGAGAUUGAAGUGUAUGUGGAUGACAUGAUUGCGAAGUCUGAAUCGGAAGAAGAGCACAUUUUCAACUUGAGGAAAUUAUUUGAGAGACUGAGAAAGUUUAAACUCAGGUUAAACCCCGCCAAAUGCACAUUCGGAGUUAAAUCUGGAAAGUUAUUAGGUUUUAUUGUUAGCCAAAGAGGGAUAGAAGUGGAUCCCGACAAGGUGCGAGCGAUAGCAGAAAUGCCUGCGCCUAGGACAGAAAAGGAAGUUCGAGAUGAAGCCGGAAAAAGAGAGCAUGCCAUAUAUUAUCUAAGCAAGAAAUUCACAGACUGCGAAUGCCGAUAUUCGCCGUUAGAGCGAACUUGUUGUGCAUUAGCGUGGGCUGCUCAUCGUUUAAGGCAAUACAUGUUGAGUCACUCUACCUGGUUGAUAUCAAAGAUGGACCCUAUCAAGUAUAUUUUUGAGAAACCCGCUCUCACUGGAAGGAUAGCUCAGUGGCAGAUGCUAUUAUCAGAAUACGACAUGGUAUAUGUUACUCAGAAAUCUGUCAAGGGUAGUGCCCUGGCGGAAUACUUGGCUCAACAACCCAUUAGCGAUUAUCAGCCAAUGCAGUCUGAAUUUCCUGACGAAGAUAUCAUGGCCCUAUUUGAAGAAGGCAGAAAGGACCGAGACGAAGAAACAUGGACAUUACUUAUUUGA